AUGGCCUACAACAGGGUGACGAUCCGAUGGACGGACGACAAUCUUCUCCAGCUAUUCGACUGUUGUCUGUAUCCUGAAGCUUACGAGCUUCCGCCGGAUGAGUUUGCCCCGGCUCUGAUACCAUUGCUACAGGCUGGAAAUGUGCCGGUUCCGGUGCGGAGUGGUGGCACCGAAACCGAUACCGAUCCUGGCACAAGCACAAUCACAAGCACCGGAAAUGCUGACGGUCCCAGGACUGACAUUGCCACUGCCACUGCCACUGCCAACAAUAAUGAUGGCCAACAGUCUGCAGACACUGAGACUGAGACUGGCACUGCUACGGACAAUGGAAGCAAUGGUGCUCAGCCAGACAUAAACGCCGAAACCAAUACCGACAGCGGUGCCCAUAUCUCAAGCAUUGGGCCCCAACCAAAUCCAGACACUUCAACCAAUGCAGUUCAGCCAGACUCCAACAGCGACCGUCCUCCGUGGAACCAAACACCGUGGCAACACGAGAUCUUCCGAUCGUACAUCCGCGUAAGCAAAGGCCUGCCACCGACGGGCCCCGUACACACGGACGAAGAAGACUUGGUCAACUCGCGACUGAUCACCUGGAUGAUCGGCGUGCCUCCUUCUGAGGUGGCAUGGCCGCCGGGCGGACCGUGGCCGAUGGCGAGAUGGUUCGAGUACCUGCCGAACAUGAGCAUUUCGUCGAACCCGGACCCCAACACCAAAGACCACAUCGCACGGGUCGGCCACGAGCUCGCUUCGGUCCUGAGCCGCCGAGACACGAGCUACGAGUGUCCCUUGACCCAGGUGAUCCACGACUUCCUGCGCUGGCGGUACACGCACCCCGACGAGGCCGAGCGGUACCAGCCUGAAUGGGAGUAUGCGGGGCUGCGGAUGCGCAGGAAAGUCGCCGACCUGGAGUAUCGCGGCUUCGGCGGGGACCGGGCUGCACGCGACCAUGCCUGCAUCUCGCACAUCUUGCUGAAUACCUUCCAGACCAUUGAGAUGGAUAUCUGCGGUAUCACCGAGACGGGCGUCAUCGUUCAAUGGGAGGAACUGCCCACAGCCUCGGCGUUCCCUGUUUCCGUCUGGUUCAUGGUCAACCGGACCGGCACGCUGUACAAGUUGACCAUGAAGGGACCGUUUAGAAAGGGCAGGAUGCCCGUGGCCAGGGCGCUCAAUGGAACCAUGGCCUUCCAGGAAGUCGAGCAGGGCCCGAAUAUCCUGCAGCUGUUCACUUCGGUGUUUGAUGCGGAGCUGAACAGGGCCGAUGUCAGUGGAGACUAUCUUCCACGGAUUUUCCUGUCUUUGUGA